UGCCAAUCCUAAACAGAGAUACACUCUUCUAAACCGUUGAAGGCAGUGCUUUUUUUUUUUAGAAGUGUGUAGCUCCUUGAGAUUGCCCUGUUAAAAAGAUUUGAUUUCCCUCCGAUUGCUUAUUGCAGUGCGAGAGGUUAAGUAUAAGAGGCCCGCCCAUCCUUGGAAAGCCACAGUGGCCUCGCGGUGCAAUUUGAAAGAUGUGGGGGAAAGUCAGUGUUUUUAAUUGACCAAGUAUCCUUCACGGGGCUUUAUUUUCUUGGCAUGUUUGGGGGCUUCCAACUUGAAGCCGAGCGGAGAUGCAAUCCGGGCCCGUUUAAGAAACCGCGCUGGGAAGCAAGAAAAAACCGCGCAGACCGACGCCCCACCUCGAAGAAGCGAGCUGUUCGGCUGGGAGGGCGGGGGGGUGUCCUAUUUUUCCAGCGUUCCGCGGGAGCCUAUAGCCAGCUAAGAGGCUUGGUAGAGCCUCCCUCGACCAACCUAGGGCCACUUGGUACAUUCCCACUGUAACGCCAGGAGAAGAUAAAUAGAGGGAGGAGAAGCCGCCGCCACCGGCUGCGGGCGAAAGCGUCUUUUUGCUGCAAGCGAGCGGGGUCGGCUUUUCUUCUCCGCCUGGAAGCGACCUCCGUCUGAAGGGAAAAGCGGUAGUUAUGGAUCAGCCCACGCAGACGGAAGUGUGGAAAGCACAGACUUUGGAUGAACUGAUCGAGAUCCUGCAUCAAUUGUUUUCCGUCGACAAAGUCAAUGUGGCAGAAGUGCAAGGCGUCAUGGAAUCUUACGAGAGUCACCCCGAAGAGUGGACCCAGUUUGCCCAGUUUGACCAGUUCAGAUAUACAAGAAAUCUUGUGGAUAAAGGAAAUGAAAAGUUCAAUUUGAUGAUCUUGUGCUGGGGAGAAGGACAUGGCAGCAUCCAUGAUCAUAUGGAUUCACACUGCUUUAUGAAGAUCCUUCAAGGAAAUCUGAAGGAGACACUAUUUGAAUGGCCUGACAAAAAGGGAGGAGGAGAAAUGGUGAAGAAAUCAGAGAGAGUUUUGAAGGAAAAUCAGUGUGCCUAUAUAUCUGACUGCAUUGGCUUGCAUCGUGUAGAGAACCCAAGCCACACAGAAACUGCUGUUAGUCUUCAUUUGUAUAGUCCACCCUUUGAAACCUGCCAUGCCUUUGAUCAAAGAACUGGACACAAGCAAAAAGUUAAAAUGACAUUCUACAGCCAGUUUGGAGAGAGGACUCCAUAUGGUGCUUUGGUUUCACAAGAGAACAACUGAAAGACACAGUGCCUGCUGACUUUGGGAAGGAUUUUUAAGCUGAAGCAGGAUUGCAUGAUUGAUGCCAGUAGUAAGCUGAGCUGAACAUUCUGUACCCACAGUUGCAGUAGGACAGCUGUCAUAGGUGUCUAGAUUGAUUUCUUAUUUCCGCAUACUUAAGGAAUUAUUUCCAAGGAUUACUGGAGAGUUGAAAUGCCCCUUGUAAUCAGCUAUAAAAUCAGAGCCCCCUUUUGGAUUUUUACUAAUUAAUUCCAUUGAGACUGUCAACACAGAAAUUCAGAGCUUAGACUUUUAAUAUAGACUGAGUCUUUUAGCAUCCUCAUAUGUAUGAAUGUAUGGCAGUUCAAGUUGCCGUGGAACUUUUUAACCUUCAGUCAACCGUCAUCUGUAUUCAUAGUGUGUACUUCAUACUGUUAACAGUCUUGUUUGAUCUUGAGUUUAAUGACCUAUUAGAACUAUUAAAUGGUUUGUGCGUUUUCAAAGUUCAUUGUAAAAUUUCAAUUUUUUUAAAGAAGGGAGCAAUAACAAAUGUCUUGCACAAUGUUGCUGUUAUUCUGGAGGUUGUAUCUGUUUUUAACAGUUCCUAAUUGUGUUGAAUAAGCUUUCAGUUUUCAAGGACCUUGGGAUAGUUAGGAUCUGUUAACUAUCAAACUCAAAUAAAGCUGAAUUUAGAAACA